AUGGCAGAAACAAAAGAAGAGGAUAUCAAUGCCACAGCCGACACGUCCAAUAAUGACAAGUUAGUAUCGGACAACUCCGACGAUGAGGUCGAAUAUCCGCAGGGUGCCAACUUGGCCGCGACGGUGAUGGCCCUCCUCCUGAGCAUUUUCCUGGCCUCGCUGGACAUGACCAUUGUCGCCACGGCAAUUCCCAAAAUCACGGAUCAAUUCCACGGGCUCGACAAGAUUUCGUGGUAUAGCUCGGCCUUCUUCAUGACAAACGGGGGCUUCCAGUCCUUCUGGGGCAAGGCGUACAAGUUCUUCCCGCUCAAGCAUACAUUCCUGCUGUCGAUCCUGAUAUUCGAGGUAGGCAGCCUGCUCUGCGCGGUUGCACCCAACUCCACGGCUCUGAUCGCUGGACGGGCAAUUGCCGGGGUUGGUGCCGCGGGCAUCAGCACUGGCGUGUACACGAUUAUCGCGUUCAUCACCGAGCCACAGAAACGGCCUACUUACACCGGUCUUGUGGGUGCUUCCUAUGGCGCUGCUUCGGUGGUGGGGCCGCUCGUCGGGGGUGUCUUUGCCGACACAGUGUCGUGGCGGUGGUGCUUUUACAUCAAUCUGCCCCUCGGUGCUGUCUCGGUGCUUAUCAUCAUCCUCUUCUUCCGCGCCCCGAGUGGUGCAAAGCCAGCACCGGCGACCUGCAAGGAGACGCUGCUCCAGAUGGACGGCAUCGGGGUAGCUCUGGCGAUGGGUGCUAUUAUCGCAUUCCUGCUGGCAUUGCAAUACGGCGGCCAGAGUCACCCAUGGCAUAGCGCCACUGUGAUCGGCCUCCUAGUCGGCUUCAGCGCCCUGUCUGUCGCCUUCGGUGUAUGGGAGUACUACCAAGGGGAACGCGCCAUGGUGGUGACCCGACUUCUCGCCGACCGAGCCUUGGGCGUGAACUGCCUCUACGUGUUUUUCCUCGCGGGCUCGAAUCUGCUGGUCACAUACUUCCUCCCAAUAUACUUCCAGAGCGUUGGCGGCGCGAGCCCGCUCUUAUCUGGCGUCCGGAAUCUACCCCUGAUCCUGGCUUUCAUGGCGGCAAUGAUUCUUUGCGGUGUGCUGAUCACGAAAACCGGCGCUGCCUUGCCGAUACAGAUUGCCGGUGCCGCCAUCGCCACCAUUGCUGCGGGCCUGUUUUAUACUCUCGACGUGCAUAGUCCUGCGGGCGCAUGGAUUGGAUACCAAAUUCUGAGCGGCAUCGGCGUCGGAAUUGCCUUCCAGGUGCCCAUGAUUGUAAGCCAGAGUCGGGCCAACCCACAAGAUAUCUCUUUCAUCACGGCCCUUAUCCUGUUCUUCCAGAACAUCGGAGGCGUCUUCUUCGUCACAGCCGCCCAGUCGGCCUUUGACAAUAUUCUCAUUUCGACCCUCCCCCGUACAGCACCGGACGUCAAUCCACCCACAGUGGUUGCCUCUGGUGCAACGCAGAUCCGGACGGCCUUUGCUCCUGACCAAAGCCCCGGGAUUGUCAUGGCGUACAUGGCAGGUAUUAAGAUCGGAUUCGCCAUCUGUAUUGCCGCCACAGGUGCUGCCUUUGUGUCUAGCUGGUUUAGUCCACGGGGGAGGCUGAAUUCGCAGGCUCGUCAGGGUGGAGGCGCGGUUUAA